AUGGAAUCCCUUCUGCGCGUUACCGAUGCCGUCAAGUCAUUCAGACAAACGAAAUUGUCUGCUAUCCGUGGACCGCAAGAGUUCUUUGACGUCCAGCGAGUUUCCCGGCCGGCUGAUUUCAACGAUGCUACUCGGCGCAUAUCGUACAACACACGAUACUUCUCAGGGAACUACGGGAUCAUCAUAGCAGCGCUGGCCGUCUAUGCUCUCCUAAGUAACACACUCCUCCUUCUGGCUAUCGUCUUCCUCGUUGGUGGCUUCGCUGCUAUCAACAAAUGGGCUCCAGAGCCCAUGCAAGUCGGCGACCACGUCAUCACGCAAAAGUCGCUGUACACGGGUCUCUUCGUGAUAGGCAUCCCCCUUCUCUUCUUCGCUUCGCCGAUCAUGACAAUCUUCUGGCUCAUCGGAGCGUCCGCCGUCCUCAUUGUCAUCCAUGCGUCCUUCGUCGAACCCGGCCCCGAGAGCGAGUACGCGGAGGUGCAGGAUUCCGUGUAA